AUGUGGUCUCGACAGGCAGAUGCCAGCAAGUUGGUAUACCUGUAUGUACCAUGGAAAUGCUUCGCCAGCAACCACAUCAUCAAUGCCAAGGACCACGUGUCUAUCCAAAUGAGCAUGGCCGAGGUUGACAAGGUUAUGGGUAGGGUUAAUGGCCAGUUUAAAACCUACACCAUCUAUGGGGCCAUUCACAGGAUGAGUGAGUUAGAUGACUCUAUUUUCCAAUUGGCCAAGGUCCAGGGCAUCGUUUCAAAGAACUUCUGA